AGGUACCCACCUUAAGACAUCCACUUGUUUCACCAAACAAGAACACCUCUGCCUGCCAAGUGUUGAGAAAGAUGACAACCCAAACUCAGGUUGAUGAUCAAAUGGUUCUUCUCUCCCAAUACUAUCCUGGGAUAUAUGACCAACUCAUACCACAACAAGGGGAAGUUGUGAAACCGCGAAGAAGACGAAAGAAGAACAAAACAGUUGCUAAUAGCAGUGGGUUUAGAAAAAGGAAGCUGAGUGAUGAACAAGUGAGUAUGCUUGAACAAAACUUUGGAGAUGAGCAUAAACUGGAGUCUGAAAGGAAGGACCGGAUUGCGGCUGAACUUGGGCUUGACCCACGCCAAGUUGCGGUGUGGUUUCAGAACCGACGGGCUCGAUGGAAGAGCAAGAAGAUGGAAGAAGAAUAUUCCAAGCUUAAGACUGAGCAUGAUUCAACUGUUGUUGAAAAAUGCAGACUUGAAACAGAGGUUUUAAAACUUAAGGAACGACUCGCUGAAGCGGAAAAAGAAAUAAACCGGCUAGUGGAGCGGUCUGAAGGGAUAUCGAGCACAAGCCCUAGUUCAUCCUUCUCUAUGGAGCCGACAGAGCCACCGUUGUUCGGACAAUUUGGGAUGGAAGGAUUUGAAGAUGCAUUUUAUUUUCAGGAAAGUAGCUAUAUACAUGGAGGAUUGGAUUGGCUUAAUAUCUAAUUAAUUAGGGAUUAUUAUUAUUAUGUAAUUAAAUAAUUUAGUAAUCUAGUCUUGUAGAUAGUAACAUCUAAUGUACAUCUUUUGUCCUUGCUUUCUGGUUAAUGAUCAUGGUGCUUUUAUUUACUUAAUAA